AUGUGUGAUGUGCUUGAUAUGGAUGUUUGUCAUAUUUCAAUUGGUAGGCCCUGGCAGUUUGAUAAUGAUAUUACUUAUCGGGGAAGGGAUAAUAUGAUGAUGUUUACUUGGGGAUCCCAUAAAAUUGCCAUGGCUCCUGUUUUGAAUUUUGAUGAUAAGGCGAGGGGGAAGAAAACCAGUUUCUUAGUAAUGACUUACAAUGAUAAGGAACUUGAUGAUGCUUUGAAAGAAACUGAAUUUUUCUGCCUAAUAGUAUUUAAGGGGUUGUUAGGUGCUGAGAAGGAAGAAAACCCCAUUCUUGUUGAAGUAUCAGAGAUAUUAGAGGGUUUCAAAGAGUUAAUUGUUGAUGAGUUACCGAAGGAAUUACCACCCAUGCGUGACAUACAACACCACAUUGAUUUGAUUCCUGGUUGUAGCCUAUCAAACCUUCCCCACUAUCGUAUGAGUCCCAAAGAAAAUGAAAUUUUGAGAUAG